AUGAUAAAAAAUUUAGAUCAAAAAACUUCUGAACUUAUAAAGUCACAACAGUAUAUUCAAAAUACAUAUACAAUAGUGAAGGAACUGAUAGAAAAUUCCUUAGAUUCAAAUGCCACGGAAAUAAAGAUCUUUGUAGACGAUGAAUUGAUCAGAGUUGAAGAUAAUGGAACAGGUAUACUGGACCUUAAAGAUGUAGGAAAUGAAGGAUAUACAUCCAAAGAACUAACUACGUAUUUUGUAUUGGGAUUAAACACCGAUUCUACAAAUAUUUAUUGUGGAUACAGAGGACUGGCCUUAUGUUCUAUUAAAAACAUGUGUAGUUUAGAAAUAACCUCAAGACAUAAAAACAAUUUAAUUGGUUAUAAAAAAAAUAUAAACACAGGACAUAUAUCUGUUUGCCCAAGAGAAAUAGGUACAACGGUAGAUGUUACAAAUAUAUUCAAUAAUUGUAUAUUAAGAAAAAAGCUUAAUAAAAAAUCUUUAACGAAGGAUGUUAAACAAAUAAUUAAAUUGGUAGAGGCUUAUGUUAAAGUAUAUGAUGUACAUUUUCAAGUUAAAUUUAAAGGUACGACUAUUUUUAAUGGAUGUGGAUAUAAAAAUAUUCUAGAAUAUUGUAAAUCAAAGUUUAACAACAUUUAUGAUGAAUGUUUAAUAAAGGAUAUGCCUGAUUUUUUUAUCUUUAUGUUUCCAAAUAAUCAAGACAAGGAAGAAUCAACAGUUUAUUUUGGUAAAAGAUUUGUUACCUCAAAAAAAAUAUCAAAAGAGAUAAAAAGUACUUACAAUUUAUUUCAGGAAGGGUUGCCGCUGUUUUAUUUGGUUUUAAAAUGUCCAAUUGAUUUUAAUAUAUCUCCUACUAAAAGCGAAAUUUUAUUUGAAAAUGAAGAUGAGAUAAUUGGUAAAAUUAAAAAAGAGAUAACUAACUUUUUAAGUAAUCAAAUGGUCUUUAAGAACAAUCACACAACAAAUAAAAAAAUAUCUGAAAAUGGGAGAUUAAUCAAGGUUGAAAACAAACAGGAUGUAUCAAAUUUUAGGCCUCAAGAGAAAAUCAUUAAUGUUGUAUCGUUACAAGAUACAAACGAUAGUACACAAGAGAUGCUGGAUAAUUACAUAGCAGAAGAAAUUAAUAAAUCUCUGGAAAAUGAAACAGAAGCUUUGUUGGAGGAAGAAUAUAUAAGUGACACAAAUUUAGUCUCUCAGCCAAAUAAUUCAUUAAUGGUACAGGAAAAUAAGGCGGUUGUGGUAGAUUUAGUAGAUAAUAAAAUAAUGGAUGUAAAGCAAAAUGUGUUGUCAUCUCCUUUUUCUGAUAUAAAUUGUAAAAGUUCUUACGUUAAUUCGCCAACGACAAAAAAAUUUAAAUCUUCACUCAGUUAUGAAAACAAAGAAUUUGAAGUCAAGGAAACGGAAGUAAAGCCUAUUUAUGAAGUACCAGUUUCUCCUUCAAAUGAAAAUUUUAACAUCGAAAGCAGUGGAAAAACAAUCUGCUUACAAGAAACAGCAUAUGAUUUUAUCAAGCAAGUGCAACAAUGCGAAAUUUCUUUAGUUCUAAAAAAAAAUGAUUUUUUUGACAUGGAAAUUAUUGGACAGUUCAACAAAGGAUUUAUUAUUACGCGAUUGGUUAAGAAUGAUAAAAUAUACUUGAUAAUUGUUGAUCAACAUGCGGCAGAUGAAAUAUUUAAUUAUGAAAAUAUAAAGAAAAAUACAAAAAUAUUAAAACAAAAAGUUUUAGUGCCAAUUGAAUUAAAGUUGUCGCCGAUAGACAAACUGUUUGUAGAAGAAAAUAUUGUAAGUUUUUCCAUCUAUGGAUUUGACAUAGAAAAUAUGAAACUGCUAACUGUGCCGGUUUUUAAAGGAGAAGAAUUUAAUUUAAAUGAUUUUUAUGAGCUAUUAGAUAAUUUUAAAAAUGGGGGAGAGGGCCUGACUAAAAUUCAGAAAAUUAUGGCAUCAAAAGCCUGUAGAAUGAGUGUAAUGGUGGGUGACUCAUUAAAUAAAGCUAAACUAGAGAAAAUUGUAAAAAGAUUGAAGGACUUAGAAAAACCCUGGAAAUGUCCACAUGGUAGACCAACCUUUAUGGUAGUUGAAGAAAUUGAUUUGGUUUAA